AUGAAAGAGUUGGGUCACCUAACUAAUGAAAAGCCUGCCCAAGUUAUACAAAAUAUAAAAGCUACAACCUCACAGGAGGUUCUCUCUUGUCUCUCAAGCAACAAUGCUUUGCGGCAACAAGUGAAACGGGCUCGCCGGAUGCAGGCACCAGCAGAGCCAUCUUCAGUUGACUUCUGUGUUCCAGAGGAACUAACUUUAACUUUAAGUGGUCAACUAUUUCUGCGCGACAUUCGAAUCGAAGGCAACGGAAUAUUAAUGUUCUGUACAUUGGACAACCUCAAGCAUUUGGCAGGUGCCAAAUAUUGGCUAAUGGACGGCACGUUCAAUACAGUGCCUUUGCUUUUUAAGCAACUGUACACAAUCCACACUUCUGUUGGUGGAUCAGAGAAUAGUGUAUCUGUGCCUCUACUUUACGCGUUAAUGACAAAUAAGAGUGAAGAGCUUUACAGUCGUUUGUUUCAGGAGCUGAAUGACUGGGCUGAUGAGAAUAAAAUCCCACUCCGUCCAGACUUCAUUUUAACCGAUUUUGAAAAGUCCAGCAUAAACGCUAUCGGGUUUGAAUUUCCAGGUGCGCAAAGCAAAGGAUGUUAUUUCCAUUUAGGGCAAUGCAUCUAUCGUAAUGUGUGUGCCAACGGUAUGCAAACUAGGUACGGUACCAAUGAAAGGUUUAAUCUUGAAAUUCGCCAAAUUGCUGCACUUGCUUUUCUUAACGCUGCCAAAAUUCCUGCAGCUUUUGAAGAACUUUAUGGCCAAUUUCAGAUGAGGCCAAGCUGGUGA